GUGGAAUUCGGUCAAUAUGCACCCCAAACUCUCGGAAGUCACCUCAGAGGCCGAUUUCGACGCCAUCAUGCCCGUCCUCUUCCGCGCCUUCCACAGCCCCUACAACUCCUUCUCGAAAUUCUUCAACCCUAUCCACACAACUCUAGAAGCAGCUAUCCAGGACUCCAAAGCGCGUCAAGUGGCAAUGUGGAAGGGAAAUCAAGACUGCCACUGGCUUAAAGUGACGGAUGCUGAGUCCGGAGACGUCAUUGGAGCUGCGUGUUGGGAGGUCAACGCAACAGGAUAUGACAAGGGAGGAGGUUCGAAGAAGGCUUUCAAUGCGUCUUGGCAUAUUGAGGGCUCGGAGGAGAAAUUGUGGGCUGAGAAGCUUAUUGGCGGUUUGAAGGGCUUUUUGAAGGAGAAGAUGACAAGGCCGCACUUGGAGCUCGACCAACUCAUCGUAGACCCCGAACACCGCCGCAAAGGCAUCGGAAGGAUGCUCAUCAAUUGGGGCGUCAAGAAGGCGGACGAAAUGGGCGUCGAGACAGUCAUCGAAUCCGUGCCGUAUGCUGUGCCGGCUUACGAGCACUGUGGCUUCGAAUGUGUGGAGGAAGUCCCCUUGGAUUUCGCUAUUCCGAAUCCCAGUGAAAAGUGGGAGGAGUGGCAAAGGGAGGAUCACCGUGCGUACUUGAUGUGGAGGCCUGUUGGGAAGGACUAUGGUGAGGGAGAUAAGACGCCCUGGGAGAAGAGUGGUUGAGGUGGUCUAACCGGAAAGAGGUGCUAUCAACAUGGUGGCCUCUUUUUCCUCACCCACUGAUUAUGCUCCAUUUUCCAACAUGUGGAAUGUUCUUCUGCCCAAUCAUUCAGUUUGCUCCAACUCCUACACGGUCUCAUAGCCCCAUCCAUGUGUUUUGUUGAGAGAGGGGUAUCAUCGGCACGACACUCGAUAGCCUGUCGCAGGUAGUCAAGACAAUGCCGCCAAUGGAUUUCAGAAGUUGGUGUUUCCUCUCCUUCCCAUAGUGCCAACAUCGCGGAUCGGACACUGAUCUG